UUGAAACGGUUUUGUUAAAGCUGUCUUGUAAUGUUUACUUCUUUCGCGUUUCGGCGUGUCCUCUCCACUGAGCGCUACAGCUUGCCUGAUAGAACAGAUGCAGCAGUUUCCGACGUGUGACAAAACCUUUUUUCACUCGAACACUUGGUUCAACAUACGGAUUUAUAUUAUUGGUUGAGAGUUCAGUCGAUGCAUCGCAGUUUCUACACUCAAGUGUAGCCGUAAUCGAGAGCGAAGUGCCAACAGAGAUCCGCUUUCAUGAUGGCGAUGUUCCGCAGUUUUGUGUCGGCUGCCCAGCUUAGACAGCAUCACCAUCAGCAUCAGCAACAGAACGGGGCAGCUGCAGCCGCACCUGGGGAAAGCGUUGAGAGCCAAUUCUCUUGUCCAAUUUGCUUGGAGGUCUAUCAUAAACCUGUCAGCAUUGCGAGCUGCGCACACACGUUCUGCGGAGAUUGUCUUCAGCCAUGUCUCCAGGUGACGUCCCCCCUAUGUCCCCUGUGCCGCAUGCCUUUCGACCCAAAGAAAGUGGACAAGUCCUCCAACAUAGAGAAGCAGCUCUCCUCCUACAAGGCACCCUGUCGGGGUUGCAGCAAGAAAGUCACCCUCGUGAAGAUGCGCUCACACAUCUCCUCUUGCACAAAGGUUCAGGAGCAGAUGGCAAACUGCCCGAAGUUUGUGCCCGUCGUGCCCACCACGCAGCCAAUACCCAGCAAUAUUCCAAACCGCUCGACCUUUGCAUGCCCGUAUUGUGGCGCUCGCAACCUGGACCAGCAGGAGCUGGUGAAGCACUGCAUGGAGAACCAUCGGAACGACCCCAACAAAGUGGUGUGUCCCGUCUGCUCCGCCAUGCCGUGGGGUGACCCCAGCUACAAGAGUUCCAACUUCCUGCAGCACCUCCUCCACCGGCACAAGUUCUCCUACGACACGUUUGUGGAUUACAGUAUUGACGAGGAAGCCGCACUGCAGGCAGCCCUGGCCGAGUGUUAUGUUGAGGAGAAUGGGUGUUAAGUUUAGGAAGGUGUGUGUUAAGCUGAGGAGAGUGAGGACUACAGUAUUGACGAGGAGGCCGCACUGCAAGCAGCCCUGGCCCUUUCGCUUGCAGAGAACUGACCCUGCGGGCCUCUGGCAUCCCCACGUCAACAUGGCCUGUCAACAUGGCCGCCCCUCUUCACAUCAGCACCGCUGGACAAAUCCUUCUCUUCUUCUUCCUCCUCCGCCACUCUCUCUCUCUCUCUCUCUCUCUCUCUCUCUCUCUCUCUCUCUCUCUCUCUCUCUCUCUCUCUCUCUCUCUCUCUCUCUCUCUCUCUCUCUCUCUCUCUCUCUCUCUCUCUCUAUCUCUCUCUCUCUCUCUCUCUCUCUCUAUCUAUCGCUCUUUCUCUGUCUUACUUAUUGGGUGGAGACUUACACAACUUAUGGAGUUAUACUCAAUGCAGUCAUGCUGCAACCCCCUCUGAAACUUAUGGGUGUUUUGGCGCCCCCUUGUGGUGAGUGUACAGCCACUGACCCACCCCCCCCCCGCCCCUCCUUGCCCUCCACCCCAGCAGUUUCAUGAACAAGUGUCAAGGCAUAGACCCAGACCUCAUCACCCUCAUGCUUCACAAUGGGAGGUGCUCCUGGAUAUCAACCCCUGUGUGUGUGUGUGUGUGUGUGUGUGUGUGUGUGUGAGAGUGUGUGUGUGUGAGUGUGUGUGAGUGUGUGUGAGUGUGUGAGUGUGUGUGUGCGUGUGCGUGUGCGUGUGUGUGUGUGUGUGUGUGUGUGUGUGCGUGUGUGUGUGUGUGUGUGUGUGUGUGUGUGUGAUGAUGAAGUGAGAUUAGGGUGAGUCACAACCAUUGCUGCAAAUAUAGCAUGAGGACUGAAGUUCCUGUUCUUGACUUUAAUGGAAAAAAAAAAAAAAAACAUCCAUUUGUGCCACGCGUGUGCAAAACCAACCCUGUUCUCCUCUUCUUCCAUCAUGUUCCCCUUUUCGCUUGUUUUCUCUCUCUGCUCUAGAUUUCAUGUAGACAGGCGGCACAAUAUCUGUUGAAGCUGAAGUAGAAGCUGAGAGAGUGCUGGUCUGAAGUUGUGCGGUUGAUGGAUCAGGAUCUGGCAUUUUGAUUAUUUUUUUUUUUGUUCUUUGUGUUGUUUUAUGUCACCCAGCCAUUUAUCACAAGACAUUGUGAGUGUUGAAGCUCACAUUUACAGCUCACGAUCAUUGGAAACAAAUUAGCACCAUGGCAACAGACUCAUUUUCAUCGGACUGUUCUACCAUGUCAGGAUUUGACUUUUUUUUCCUCUUUUGCUGCCGUAAGCCACGGCAUGCUGUAGAUAGUGAUCAGCUUCCCUGUUCAGAGAGUGUGGAAGCUAACGGCACCAGGCACAACCAAUAGAGCACAGAUCGUGAUGAUCGACAUGAUCACCUCCAGCUGUGAUCACAUCAUACAGCAUCCCAAAAGCAACCAAUGGAUCGUCCCCACCUCCUCUGUCACCCACAGUUUUCUAAUCCACAUCCUUGUGAAUACUUGCACUUGUCACUGUUUUUACUACAUGAACCAAGUGUCUAGUAUCAUUCUUAUUUUCUAGUUUACUAACAGAAUUCUAGUACUUGCAUUGAAUCUUCACUUCUGCUGUUACCUGGUUAACUUGCUACAAUAAUAUUUUUUACAAAGCAUCAGAUAAAGAUAAAAAAGUAUAUAUUUUUGGAAAACAUUUCAGUUUAAAAAAUGGUGCACUAAUAACAAGAGCGUAAAAAUCAUGUCUUUAACCACUUGGGGAUGUGUUGGUUUCACCUUUUUAUGUACCCUUUGAAGGGAAGUCUGACUGCCACACAGGUGUAAGACAGGUAGUGGCACUGUUGGAGUGUGCAUGGCCACAUUGCGCCACAAGAGGUCAGCGUUGGUCCAGAUAUUAGUCUGCAGGUGCUGCAAGGCUGCUUUGAGCUCAGUGUCAUGCGCUGUUUGAUGUUUGUGUUCAUUUACUUUGUCCUACUUUCUUAAUCAAGAGCCUGCAUGUGUAGUGGCCAGACUCAGUUCUGUAAGUCAAUCGCAUGCACAGUGUCCUCAUUGAGCUCUGCAAAGGAAGUGAAAGGGUCUUUUGAAUUAAGCGCUUGGUGGUUGUAUAUAAGUGAACAUAAGCAUUUGUAUAUUGAUCUUUUUGCUGCUUAAGUCUACAGUUUAGAUGUCUGAUGGAUGAUGUAACAUGUGGUAUUGGCAAAAUAAACCUGGGUGUUGUAUUUUGGUAAGUGGCUUGAGAUGUAAGAGUCGAGAAAGGGGGUUUCAGUGUUUUGUGACUCAAGAAACAGACACACUCUGAAUAUCUUUGAUAAUGUAUGCCGUCUUGACUUCAACAGGUUGUUGAGAUUAAAACUUUCCCUGUUACUUGGCAGAUAUGAGACGUCUUACUUCACUGCACAGGAUCUUAAGUUUGAUCAACAUAUGUGUGCGUUUGAAAGCAGGACUUUUGGCAACAGGAUGUGUGUGUUAGUUAUCAGGUGUGUGUCAGUUGUAGUCAUUGCUGUUAAAAGAGGGAUGAAUGUACUCUGCGGCAGUCUCUAAGGCCUCUCACCUUCACCUGUCCACAUCCUUUAACCACUUCUGAACCUGUCACUUUAAAGCAUUGUGAGCUGUUUGUGAAAUUUCUGGAAAGCACAGUAAUGAAAGUGUGUCUGUGUCUGUCUGUGUCUGUGUCUGUGUCUGUGUCCAUGUCUGUGUGUAUGAGAGGUAGAGAAAGUGGUUGGAAUAUCGGUUUGCUUUUAUGACUUACUGUAUGCCUCUUAUGUUGUGAAUGAUUUGGGGACCUUUUGAAAGGGCUGUACCUGUUUGCUUACAUGCAUAUGAUAUAUACACAUAUACUAUAUAUAAGCUGUUUUGUUGAGUCUCGUCAUGUGCGACUGAAACGACGUACAAUUGGUAUCUACUUUGAUCACUUAUGUGAUCGUGGUCCUAGUAAGGUGCGUCCACCCUGAUCUGGCCACCUCCACAGUCUGGAGCUGGACACCAUCCUAGCCACAAAUUUCAUUAUGGUCUUAAAGCUUAAAGGAUGUUGUCCAGUGACAGUUUUGGGUACCUCUUUUUUUUCAGAGGGAAUAGUAAUAAUAACAGAAUUUGUUUAAAAAAAAUGUAGUUCCGAAUGUUUUCUAAACAUUUAGUUUGAAAACAGACAAAUAGAAACACUUUUCAGUGAUGUGGGUUUCCAGGGAUGGUCUACUAUCUUCCACUGGUUGGCGAUAGCAGUGGAGAUGUUUCAUGAUCAUCUCAAAAAGGACUAGUAGGACAUUUGUUUCCCUGUGUUCACUCAAGCAGAGAGAGGGAAUGUGUGUGUAUGUAUGACAAUGGAUUUGAACGUGUUUGUCCAGUGAUUUUGUUUUCAUGUAGAUUGAAGGUGAAAUCUUUGUGAGACAUCAGACAAAUGUUUUGGGUCAUUGCAAGAUACGUUGUAUCUGCAUAUGGUUGUUUUCCUUAGGCAAUCUGAAAGAAAUUGAGUAUUUUGGAAUGGUAAUUAAAAAAGAAUUAAGAGGAAAUAUAAUGCUGAAUAUAGAGGUGUCUUAACAUGUACAUGUUUUUAUUGUUGAGGGGAAAAGUGGUGAUCAGUAUUGUGACAUUUAUUCAAGUCUCAAGUCAGAUGGGGGAACUGAACCGUUUAAGCAUUAAAUUGAUAUCGAUAAACAGUAUUUAAAUGUUACAUGGUGUCCCAACUUCACAAUGGCUUAAAAUGAUGGUCAGGUUUUGAUUUUGCCCACAUUAAAAAGUUAUAAUUUUCCCAUUUCAUUGAAAAAAUCAUCCAUUUUAUCUGAGUAAUGUUGUAUUCCUAUUAUAUUUUAAGUGAUAUUCAUGUGCACCGCGGUAGCAUAAAAUGAAAACUUUUGAUAUUGUAAUUCAUGCUUUUACAAUAUGUUUUUUUGGAAAAAUGUCCCAAUGUGUGCAUUUAUUUUUUAUUUUUUGCUCUUAUUGUGUUCUAACAAUCAUGAAUAUUGUUCACUGCAAACCAUUGGUAUGUUAUUCAUUUUAUGAGCAUGCUGAACUCCAAAUGGAAUUUUCUGGAAAAGGCAUCAUAAUUUCUAUUUUAGAUAGGGACACACCUGCAUGGCACCAGAGUACAUUUGGGAUACUUUAGCCUGAAAAGACAGCCCUGGGUUUGUUAAACUCAAAGCCAUGAUGUCAUUCACGGCAGUCCGGCGUUAGGUCUGUGAUGUCCCGGCCAUUGCUGUCAAACAAAGCAGCCUGACCUUCCUCACCAGUUCUCUGUGCCAUGGCUGAAGGCUGUGUGGGGGUGAGGAUGAUGAUGAUGCUGAUGAUGAUGAUGUCUUUUGGUAAAAAGUUUAUGGGGCCCUUGAGUUUCACUGGCAAUGCUACAGCAAGUUGCCUGUUUCUAACAACCCCUGUGGCUGAUGCGGACCUGUGUGUGUAUGCGUGUGUGUAUGCGUGUGUGUAUGUGUGUGUGUUGAGCUCCAUGUGAUUAUGCAUCAAUAAGUAAUAAUGGUAAUAACAGUAAUAGCAAUGAGGACUGAUGCUGAAAUGAUUCUGAUAUGAACAAUAAUGUGGAUUUUUGAAGUUGUAACGCUGUUUGAGGUUUAAUAAGAUACUUUACUGAUGUAUUUGUAGCAGAUUUUUUUCCUUCAAUAAAAACACUGACGCAUCCCAA